AUGGCUACUCCUUCAAAGUUCCAAUUCUCCUUGAGUCUUCUUCUUCUUUUCCUAGCUUUAACACCUCUUUCUUUCUCCAUAGUUCCGACUAUGGCUUCCAACCAUCAACUCCAAUAUUGGUCCGAAAAUGUCGUCAACAACAUGCCUAAAGCCAUUGCAUCAAAACUAUCUUCACUGUCCAAAUAUGACACAAAUUAUUUCGCUUCCUUGGUAUCAUCAAACCAAAGAUUCUCUUUUGAUUAUGCAAAUUUCUGCUCCAAGGCUAAGUUAUUCUGCUCAUCAACAUCGAAUCAGACCCCUCAAAAACUUAGCAAUGGAUACAACUCAUACUCUAACAAUAGACAUGCCUCAAAUGACGCUGACCCAAACUCUUUCUUUAGGCAGUCAAUCCUCAAAAAUGGGAACAAAAUCCAGCUACCAAAUUUGAAUGAUCGAAUCCCUUUUCGUGCAUUUCUUCCUUCUCAAAUUGCAUCAAAGAUAUCAACCACUGACUCUAAUGAACUUCAAAAAAUGUUUCCGGAGUCAUUCACUUCCCCUUCCACAAAAGAAGCCAUUGAAAGUAGCAUUUUGUAUUGUAGCUCUGCCAGCUUGAAGGGUGAGAUUAAAUCCUGUCCUAAUUCGCUUGAGGAAAUGAUAGAAUUCUCCAAGAAAUCUUUGGGUGUAAAGAAACUGCUUGCAUUAACUAGUCAAAGCUCGAAAGGGUCGAAACAGGAGCUUGAGAUUCAAAACAUCAAACAAUUUCAUUCCGAAAAAGUUGUGUCAUGUCAUGAAGUUUUCUAUCCAUUUGCUACUUACUUUUGUCAUGUGCUCUCCUCUACUCGACUCUACGCCGUCGAUGUCAUCGAUCCGGCGACCAAAGCUCCCGUGAACAGAAUCCUUGCAAUAUGUCACAUGGAUACGUCGGAAUGGCCGUCGGAACAUGUGGCGUUUAAGAUUUUGAAGUUUUCUCCGGGACGUGGCGAGGCGUGCCACUGGUUCAGUCAAAUUGAUCUUGUUUGGUUGGGAACUAUUUAA